GAGGAUUGGAUCUGCUUGCCUGCACGCUUCUUUGUCAGCCGGCGCUCCGUAUUGUUUGCGCCGCGGCUGCUCCUGCGCAGGACCUCUUGAGAUGCGUGACCUGGUGACGUCUUUUCCGGCUGAGUUCACGCAGACGAUGAUUGGACACGUUUUCAGCAGAAUCUGCGCAGACUGAGCAACGUUUGCGUAUCGUGAACGCAGCCAGACAGUCAGCCACAGAAAAGAUGGACGCUUCCAUUCUGCAGGAGACGAAGAGCCGGAGCGAUGGUGAUUACCGUGGCAUCAGCCUCCGGCACAAUGGCACAGAGACCCGGGAGGAGGACAGCGAAAUCCCGGAGUAUGUGGCCGAGCUGAUAGAGGCCGAGAUAGGGUGCGAUCUGAAAGCGCUGAAGAAAGUGAGCGGGCUGCUGGAGCGGAUGAGCAAAGAGAAGAAACAGCUGGAGGAGCAGGUGCUGACCGCUUCCUCCUCGGUGCCUCUGAAGAUGGAGGCUGCUCUGUGCCGCGCGGGGGAUGUGCAGAGGGCUGUGGGGGUGCUGCUGGACAGGGAGAGGGGCGUCUCCAACACUGUGUCUCAGCACCUGCAGGGGGCACAGCCCUGGAUGGACCAGCUGAGCCUGAGACUGUCCCAGAUGGAGGAGACGGAGCACUACCUCAGCUAUCUCAAGUGGAUCGCUCGCAUCGAGGAGCUCAGUGACACUAUCCAGCAGCACAUGAUGACCAGUAAUGUGUGGGAGGCGGCCAGUGGUCUGGUUGCCAUGGCUGAGCUGGACAUCCGGCUGCAGGACUCGAGCUGUGGACACCUGCUGUCCUUCAUCAGAGACACAGUCAGGUUCUGGCACAAGAUCCUGAAGGACAAGCUGACCAGUGAUUUUGAAGAGGUCCUAAAGCAGCUGCACUGGCCCUUCAUCUCUCCGCCGCAGACCUCUCUGGCGGCCCCGGCCAACGGGGCAGAGCUGCACAACCAGCUGGAGUCUCUCUUCACACAGCUGCUCAAGCUGCAGACCUCUGAUGACCUCAUCACAGAGCAGAGGCAGCUCCCGGAGAGGUGCGGCCUGCCCCCUCCCCCCCCCCUCGCCCUGCCCAUCCAGAUCAUGCUGCUGCCGCUGCACAAGAGAUUCAGAUACCAUUUCACAGGGAGCCGGCAGACCAACGUGCUGAGCAAGCCGGAGUGGUACCUGACGCAGGUGUUGAUGUGGAUCGGGAAUCACUCUGAUUUCCUGGAGGAGAAGGUGCAACCCAUCCUGCUGAGAGCCGGCUCUGCCAUCGACGCCAGGCUGCAGUUCUCAAGCGGGCUGCUCACUCUGGCCCUGGAGAAGCUGUCCUGUGAUGCUUCACGGCUGCUCUAUGAUGAUGCUCUCUUUUGCCACUUGGUGGAUGAGGUCCUGCUGUUCGAGAAGGAGCUGCGCGGCACACACGCCUAUCCCAGCAGCCUCCCCGGCGCUCUGCACAUCCUCACUGAGGAGACCAUCUUCCAGAAGUGGCUCACCGUCGAGAGGAAGUUCGCUCUGGAGAAGAUGGACUCCAUGCUGUCCUCCGAGGCUGCCUGGUCCUCCCAGUACAAGGACAUCAGCGAUGUGGACGAGAUGAAGGCACCGGACUGUGCCGAGACCUUCAUGACUCUGCUGCUGGUCAUCACAGACCGGUACCAGAACCUGCCCUCGCCCCGCUGCAGGCUCAGCUUCUUGGCGCUGCAGAAGGAGCUGGUGGAUGACUUCCGGAUCCGGCUGACCCAGGUGAUGAAGGAGGAGAGCCGGACCCCGCUGGGCCCGCGGUACUGCGCCAUCCUCAACGCUGUCAACUACAUCGCAGCCGUGCUGGCAGACUGGGCAGACAGCGUGUUCUUCCUGCAGCUGCAGCAGGCAGAGUUGGAGCUCGGUGCGGAGAGCCCCUCGUGGCCCCUGAGCCCCACACAGGCCGGCCGUCUGGCCUCUCUGGAGGGCUCCGUCUUCGACGAGAUGAUCACACUGCUGGAGAGGCUGCGGCACGACAUGAUGGGCAGACUGGUGGAGUUCAUCCUGCGAGAAGCCAGGGAGCGAGCCAAGCCCUACUGCAGGGAGAGGUGGCUGUCUCUUCCCUCCCAGUCGGACCAGGCUGCGAUGUCACUCUCCAGCUCGGUCUGUCCCAUGAUGCUCUGCCUGCGGGACCACAUGCUGCAGCUACAGCAGAUGCUCUGCUACCCACUGUUCAAGAGCUGCUGGCAGGCACUGGCCGAGAGACUGGACCUGUUCAUCUACCAGGACGUGAUCCUGUCUAAUCACUUUAAUGAAGGCGGUGCUGCUCAGCUGCAGUUUGACAUGACCAGGAAUCUGUUCCCUCUGUUCGGACACCACUGCAAGAGACCUGAGAACUACUUCAAACAUGUGAAGGAGGGCUGCAUCGUGCUCAAUCUCAAUGUGGGCUCUGCCCUGCUGCUUCGUGACGUGCUCAGGCAGGGGGGCAGUGAGACGAACUCGCCCCUGGACCCCAAUCAGCCCUCCCCCGUCGCCACCCUCAAUGAGCUGGGCAUCUUCCGGCUGGCUCCCAGCGACGUGGAGAUCCUGCUGAGCCUGCGCACACACUGGCCGGGGCAGUAGAGCAGGGCAGAGGGGAGAGGAAACAUGUUUAGAAUGAUAUAUGAACAUACACAAGAAGUGCUUGUCUAUGAGAUGCUUUAUAAAAUAUCAGUGCUGUUCCUUGAUCAAA